AUGAACGUCUCCUGCGAAUGCCAAAAUGUAGUUUUCAAAACUCCGUUGGCGAAACCACUGGCGCUUUAUAUUUGUCAUUGUAAUGAAUGCAAACGACAAUCCUCCUCAGCGUUCGGCGCCUCUGCUAUCUUUCCUCGAUUCCCAUUGCCGUGUCCGGAGUUUCUGGCGGUUUAUACUCGUCCCACGGCCUCAGGACACACGGUGAAUUGUUAUUUCUGCAAAACAUGUGGUACACGGUUAAUCCACAGCACGCCUGGAAAGAGCGUUGUUAGUGUGAAGGGAGGGUGUAUUGAGGGAUUGGAUUGGAAAAUGGCGAAGCAUAUUUGGGUUAAGAGGGCCAUGGUUCCUAUUCCUGAAGGAGCAGAAGUGGUAAAAGAGGAACCGGAUUUUGACCCCUACAUCUGUAGGACGACAGAUCUUUUGGAAAAUGGAAAGAUGGAUGCUGGAGCUGCGUGAAAGGGACGUGGGAAUGAAUUGCUGCACUUAGUAAGUAUAGAGGAUAGUAAUGAUUAUUCCAAUUAUUUUUAUUACUACC